AUGGACCAUCUGGACAUUCCUAUAGUGGCGUAUCCGCCGUUCAAGCUGCGGUCUAGUUUGAUCGACAAGGACCCUGUUAUCUGGCAGCACUUGCUGGAGAGUUAUAUCGACCUGUUCGAGAAACUGAUCGUGAUCUCGACCAAGAAGGGCGUCAAGCUUAGUUUGAAGAGCCAGCAACAAUUGACCGCAUUCAUGAAGGUGUAUCUUUCCGAAACAAGCGAGGAAAGCACGAAGAUCUUCUCACUUGGGGCAAUUAACCCGGAAAUAGUCAGAAACCAGAAACGGCUCAAGAUCGUCGUUUUUCAGUUCAUUAAGAUUUACAACCUGGUCAACCUCAAGCUCGCGGGCGAGUCGGUUUGGGAUUUCUGCAAGGUUUAUUUACGUCUUGCGUACGAGAACAUGAAUGUGAACCAGUCGCUGAUCAGUGUGGGAAUAGUGCGAGACCUCGUGGAAGGAAGAGUGAGGUCGAAGAUCACGUCCAAAUCCGAUGACGUCUCGCUCGUCAAGUCUCUCCAGGACUAUUUGAGGCUGCGGAUCAGCGAUACCAAAUUCAACCGCAUUGAUUUGGAGACCUUGAGUAUGCUUCUUGGACAGAAAAUCAAAAACAGAGGAAGCAGUAAGCAGCGUGUCGUAGUUGGACGCGGACAGCAGGACGGUUUCAGCGAACGGUUUGUCAACGCUCACUGGAUUGACAUUUUGGAAAGACUCUACAACAGAGGAGACUCAUUGCAUGCCCAACAGUGUUUUGAAAUUGCGCUUGUCUCGUUUGUCAGUCUGACGUCUGCCAAGAUAAUAAAUCUAGUGAAAGACCUAGGAGUUGUUUCGAGAGCGCAAUUGAUCAGAAACUAUCCUCUGGUGGCGCGCAUAAUUCUCUCGAGCAAGUUCCAGGACAUGAAUCCGGACCUGAGGACUAAGCUUUUUGAAAGCAAGAGUCCAUUCGACCAGCACAAAAUACAGAGUCUGCUCGACGUUUUCCCGCAACUCACGGAGGCUCAAUGCAAAACGCUUUUGAAAAAGUACAAAACCGUGGAAGAGGCGAUGAACAAGGUGUUGGAGGGAGAAGAAGUCGAAGAGUACACGGAAAAGAAGAAAGCCCGUGUCCAGUUUGGAAAAAAAGACUUUUCACUGAAAGCUGAUAGCAAGACUCAGCGUCAGUUGAAAAAGAAAACGCUUGAAAACGCGCUGCGCAUGCUGUAUGAGUCCGCCGAAGACGAGCCGGAUGAUACGUACGACGACCAGGAUCUCACCACAGGAGCGGGCAGCCUGGCUAAAGACGAGGAUUAUGAGUCGGACGAGGAGUUUGCAGAGAGCAAACAUGCAAAUCACGAGAAAGACCAGACCAUGGAAUCGCUGGACCUCAAGCUAUUGCAAAUAUUCAAGUCUAAUCCGGAGGCCUUUGACCGCAGCUCUAGAUACACAAACUACAGAAACCAGCUGAAGAACGAGCUCAAAUGGACGGACGAGCAAAUAGAAGGCUGGGCGCGCAUGCUUGAGCGCAACCCGCGGCGCUUCAAGCUGCUGGAAGAGAAAUUGCUCGAUGUUGGUGGUUCGUUGAACGGAUCUUUGAGUCGCACAAAGUUUCAGCAGGACAAGCACCAGGAAAAUGAGGGAAGUGGCUCGAAGCCCAAAAAAUCUUUCAGAGGCGGCCGUAGCAACAGAAAACUAGGCCAUGACCGCAAAAUGGCUAAACAAUUUAAUUAG